CAAAAUUGAAUUAAAUAUUGUUUUAAGAUGAACAAAACAGAUUUCUCUGAUGAAGAACUAACUAUUUCUGCUGGAAUAACAGUUGCAAGUUCAGUUCUUUCUAUCAUUGGUGGUUUAUUGAUAAUAUGGUCAUAUUCGAGUAUCACGGAAACUCAAAAUCGAGUCCGCGAUUUAUUGGUUGCUCUGACAAUCGCUGACAUUUGCAUUGCAUUUGGAAACGGCGUGGGAGGCGUACAGUUUUAUUAUUUGGAUUCAAAACAGUCUCUCUUCAGUACUCCUGUGUGUGUGGGACAGAGCUUUAUUACCACUACUUUCAGUAUCUUCUCAUUUCUAUGGAUUUUAUCAAUAGCGGUGUAUCUUUUUCGAUGUGUUUGGAUACAGGAAGACCCGCUUUUAACCAGAAAAACAAUGAAAGUAAUUCAUGUUAUUGUAUGGGGGAUACCUGGAGUAAUUACAUUAACAGCAUAUUUAUGGGACAAACUUGGUAAUGGUACUUACUCCAUAAAUGGCGUAUGGUGUUGGUUAAAGGUUCCAGUAGAUACAAAAUGGGGAUUAUUCUGGAUGCUUGUGACGGGAAAAGGAUGGGAAGUCAUCACUUAUGUUGUAAUUGCAAUUCUAUAUAUGAUGAUGAAACUCAAAACAUAUAGACAAGGUAGAAGAUUUAAUAGAAACGUUCUUCAGUGGAACCAAAUCAGUAAUGAAUUGAGACGGGAAGAUGAAAUAUACUGUAUCAGCUGUCUUAUCAUCUACUGUCUACGCAUGUGGGGAAUUAUACGAUUGGUUCUAGGUUUGGUUAGAACCGAUGUACCGUUUAACAACUACUGUUAUGACCAUGUAAUAAAACAAGCUUUAUUAUAUCUACAUUCAUAUGGCGACAGUGCGCAGGCGUUUUGGAAUUUUAUUCUUUUCUGUUUAUGUGACAAAACCGUUCGUACACAUGUAAAAUCAAGUAUUUGUAGAAGGCAGUUAAACAGAUUCGGUGAAAAGAUAAAACAAAAUAACGAGAGUACUUCGUUUUUCUAA